CAUAAAUACCCUCUUCUCCGAGAGGGCAUCGAUCGAGCACCUUUGUCUUUGCUCCAUUACCUGUACUAGGUUCAAACAGCAGGGCCACAUUGGAAUACGGCUUUUUGCAAUAUUGCCCAUGAAGCGAGGGUACACAGAAUCUCCAUCAACCUCUCUUGGUCCACCGCAUUCCAGAUUCAGACACAACCCAGAAGGUGAUUCACAAUUUCUAGAGGAUGAAAGCACAAAGAAUUUUGCCCGGAAAGUGGCCGACCAUUAUAGUGCCAGGACCAAUCAGACCUUGGAAGAACGAGAAGCAAGUCCAAUCAUUCAUUUGAAGAAACUCAACAACUGGAUUAAGAGUGUCCUCAUUCAGCUUUAUGCUCGUCGAGGGGAUGCUGUUCUUGAUCUUGCUUGUGGCAAGGGUGGUGAUCUAAUCAAAUGGGACAAGGCAAAGAUUGGAUACUAUGUUGGCAUCGAUAUUGCUGAAGGCUCGAUAGAAGACUGCCGUACACGCUAUAAUGGUGACGCAGACCAUCAUCAACGGCGCAAAAAGUUCACAUUUCCGGCUCGCCUUAUAUGUGGAGAUUGUUUUGAGGUUCGCUUGGACAGAGUUUUGGAAGAUGAUGCACCUUUCGAUAUUUGCAGUUGCCAGUUUGCUAUGCAUUACUCAUGGUCUACUGAGGCACGGGCACGACGUGCUUUGGCCAAUGUAUCAGCAUUACUUCGUCCAGGAGGCAUCUUCAUUGGAACGAUGCCAGAUGCCAAUGUUAUCAUCAAAAAGCUUAGAGAAGCUGAAGGGUUGGCCAUUGGUAAUAGCGUAUACUGGAUACGAUUUGAUGAAGACUUUUCUAAAAAGAAAUUUAAAACUUCUAGUCCCUUUGGUAUCAAGUACAAGUUCCACCUAGAGGAUGCUGUUGAUUGUCCUGAAUGGAUUGUCCCAUUUCAUGUCUUCAAAUCAUUGGCAGAAGAGUAUGAUUUGGAUCUAGUUUUAGUGAAGAACUCACAUGAAUUUGUGGAUGAGUACUUGAAAAAACCAGAAUUCGUUGAGCUUAUGCGGAGGCUAGGUGCUUUGGGUGAUGGAAACCAAGACCAGACCACAUUAUCACAAGAUGAAUGGGAGGUAGCUUAUCUGUAUUUGGCUUUUGUGUUGCGGAAGCGAGGUCAACCAGACCGUACACAAGUGAAUGGCAGAAGAGAUAAAGGACAGAUGCAAAUAUCAAAGGAGGAUAUCAUGUACGUUGGCACUGGGGUUUAAACAAGAAUCAAAACCAGGCCCUUGUAUCUCCAUUUCCAAACUUAUAACAAUAACAGAGCCUGCUCCCUGAAGCAUGGAUCAGCCCGCAUAGCCAAAGGGGAAACAUGUCAAGGUCACAAACUCAAGAUGGCUAUUCAAUUUUGUAGAAUCACAAUACCAGUUUACAGUUAUUUAUUUUGUAAUGUCUGGACAAGGAAUGCAAGAAUCAACCAACAGCGAAUGUGGUGGUUUACUUCACACCAUGCAGAAAAAGGAAAAGGAAAAAAAAAAUGAAUUUCUGUGUAUCUGUGGUUUGAUUGUCAUUUUAUGCAAAUAAGAGAUAGGCAGCUUCUGCUCCAUGGAUCCUUGAUUGAACUUGGAUGCUUUUCAGAGUAGGAUUUUUGUUGACCCUGCAAAGAUGGAAGGCAUCUAUAUUCACCUUUUGAAAAUUGGUACAUGUUUUUGGAAUAUUUGAGAACCAUGUUUCUUUGUUUGA